AUGGAGGCGCUGGCAGAGGAGCAGCCGAUGGUGGUGAUCAAGCCUGAGCCGGAGGGACCGCUUGCGCUCCCUGCCUCGAAGCCGGGCGACUGUCCAGGCAAGAGCAGCGGGGGCAGCCCCAACAGCAGCCAUAACGGAGGCAGAGGCGGCGGUGUCGCGGCGUCCUCAGCCGGCGGCGAUGGCGGGACCCCCAAGCCCGCCGUGCCUCCUCCCGCAGCUGCUGCUGCAGCGGCGACAGCAGCCCCGGGAGGCGCGGCCGGGGCUCCGGCAGCGGCUGCCGAGGGCAUCGCCUCUCAGGACCCACAGACCCUGCUGGCCGUGCUGCAGUUCCUGCGGCGGAGCAACCUACGCGAGUCUGAGGACAUCCUGCGACGCGAGGCCCGGCUGCUGGAGGACGCCGUGGGAGCUGGCGCUCAGGGGGAGGUGGACAGACCCGGGGCCGAGACCACUAGCGCGCUGCUGAGCCGGGUCGCCGCCGCCGGAUCCACCGGCCCGGACCCCGGCCCCGGAGUCUGCUCUGAAUCCUCGGGCCCCGGUGCCUCGGGGGCCGGCACGGGGAACUCAGAGGCCGCUUCGACCGGGGCCGCUUCGACCGAGGUCGCUCCUACCCAAGUUGGAGUAGUUGCUAUAGAAGACCAGCCUGAUGUCAGUGCGGUGUUGUCUGCCUACAAUCAACAAGAGGAUCCAACAAUGUAUGAAGAGCACUACAGUGGACUGAAACAUUUCAUUGAAUGUUCCUUGGACUGUCAUCGAACAGAAUUAUCUCAGUUAUUUUAUCCUCUAUUUGUACAUAUGUACUUGGAAUUGGUCUACAAUCAGCAUGAAAAUGAAGCAAAAUCAUUCUUUGAGAAGUUUCAUGGCGAUCAGGAAUGUUAUUAUCAGGAUGACCUUCGAGUAUUAGCUAGACUUACCAAAAAGGAGCACAUGAAAGGGAAUGGGACCAUUAUGGAUUUUCGAACAAGUAAGUUUGUUUUGCGCAUUUCCCGGGAUUCUUAUCAACUUUUGAAAAGACACCUCCAGGAGACACAGAAUAACCAAAUAUGGAACAUAGUCCAGGAGCACCUGUACAUUGAUAUCUUCGAUGGGAUGCCUCGGAGUAAGCAACAGAUAGAUGCUAUGGUGGGAAGUUUGGCUGGAGAGGCGAAGCGAGAGGCAAAUAAGGCAAAGGUCUUUUUUGGCUUGUUAAAAGAACCAGAAAUUGAAGUUCCUUUGGAUGAUGAAGAUGAAAAAGGGGAGAAUGAGGAAGGAAAGCCCCCCAAAAAGAAACCUAAAAAAGAUAGUAUGGGAUCUACAAGCAAAAAACAAGAUCCUAAUGCUCCACCUCAAAACAGAAUUCCUCUUCCUGAAUUGAAAGAUUCAGAGAAGUUGGAUCAGAUAAUGAAUAUGAAAGAAACCAGGAAACGUGUGCGUCUUGGUCCAGAUUGUUUACCUUCCAUCUGUUUCUAUACAUUCUUUAAUGCAUAUCAGGGUCUCACUGCAGUUGAUAUCACUGAUGAUUCCAGUCUGAUUACAGGAGGUUUUGCUGACUCCACUAUUAGAGUAUGGUCUGUGACUCCCAAAAAACUUCGACGUAUGAAGACAGCAACAGAUCUCGGCCUUAUUGAUAAAGAAUCAGAUGAUGUUUUAGAAAGAAUCAUGGAUGAAAAAACAGCAAGUGAAUCGAAGAUUUUAUAUGGUCACAGUGGACCUGUUUAUGGGGCAAGCUUCAGUCCUGAUAGGCUUUGGGCUACAGAUCAUUAUGAGCCUUUACGAAUAUUUGCUGGCCACUUUGCAGAUGUGAAUUGUACACGAUUCCAUCCAAACUCUAACUAUGUUGCUACGGGUUCAGCAGACAGAACAGUAAGGUUAUGGGAUGUCUUGAAUGGGAACUGUGUAAGAAUCUUCACUGGACAUAAGGGACCAAUUCAUUCUUUGGCAUUUUCUCCCAAUGGGAGAUUCCUGGCUACUGGAGCAACAGAUGGCAAGGUACUUCUUUGGGAUAUUGGACAUGGAUUGAUGGUUGGAGAAUUAAAAGGUCAUACAAACACAGUAUAUUCACUCAAGUUUAGUAGAGAUGGAGAAAUUUUAGCAUCAGGGUCAAUGGAUAACACGGUUCGUUUAUGGGAUGCUAUAAAAGCAUUUGAAUACCUAGAGACUGAUGAUUUUACUACAGCCACUGGACACAUAAACUUGCCUGAAAAUUCACAGGAUUUAUUACUGGGAAGCUACAUGACCAAGUCAACACCAAUUAUACAUCUCCAUUUUACUCGAAGAAACUUGCUUUUAGCUGCAGGAGCUUAUAGUUCACAAUAA